AUGGGGCCUUUUAUCACAGUCCUUCCACUGCUCACCAUAGUCCAUCUGCUGCCCCUUUCUUUGGCUCUACCUUUUGAACAGAAAGUAUUCUGGGAUUUUGGGAAGGAGAUUGACGUGAAGGAUCUGAUGAUGAUGAUGAUGAAAGAUGAAGAAGAUGGGUCUGCUUUUGAGCCUGAACCACCAGUACAACCUACCUGUCCUUUUGCUUGUCAUUGUGGUCACUGGGUCGUUCAGUGUUCUGAUCAAGGUUUGCAUUAUGUUCCGGAUUAUGGAAUUCCCACUGAUACCCGUCUCUUUGACCUCCAAAGCAACAAUAUCCUAGAGAUUAGGGAGGGGGACUUCAAAAAACUCCCCAACCUCUAUUCUUUGAUUCUAGUGAACAACCAGAUCUCCAGGAUUCAUCCACGGGCCUUUGCACCACUGAAGCGACUGCAGAGGCUCUACCUCUCUCACAACCUGCUGACAUCCAUCCCAAAAAAUCUACCACCUUCCCUGGUGGAGCUGCGUAUUCAUGACAAUCGUAUCAAAAAGGUUGCAGCGAGGACUUUCCUUGGCCUGGCAAACAUGAAUGUUAUUGAGAUGGGUCGGAACCCCCUUCAGAACAGUGGCCUUGAACCUGGAGCAUUUAUGGGCCUCAGGCUCAACUUUCUUCGUAUUUCUGAGGCAAAACUCACAGGGGUGCCAAAAGACCUUCCUGACACUCUUCAUGAACUUCAUCUGGACCACAAUCAGAUUCAGGCCAUUGAGCUGGAGGAUUUGAGUCAGUAUAGACAACUGUACAGGCUGGGCUUAAGUUUCAAUCAUAUUCGCAACAUUGAACACGGCAGUUUGAGUUACCUGCCCAACCUACGAGAGCUCCAUCUAGACAACAACCGACUGUCCAGCGUCCCCUCUGGGUUGCCAUUUAUGAAGUAUCUGCAGGUGAUCUACCUACAUUCCAACAAUAUCAGCAAUGUCGGUGUGGAUGACUUCUGUCCUACAGGCUUUGGAAUGAAGAGGGCUUUUUACAAUGGUAUUAGCCUCUUUGGGAACCCAAUAAACUACUGGGAGGUGGAGCCAGCCACAUUUCGCUGUGUCAGUGACCGUUUGGCUAUACAGUUUGGCAAUUAUAAGAAGUAA